CCGGGCUUACCGCAGCGCACGACGACCACUGGGGGGGCAAUCCAGGCCUAGCGCCGACUCCACAGUACAAGCUUGCGCUGGGCACUCCGACUAAUUUAUUAGUAUUAUUGGAGCCGCUGCUGCUGCUGCUGCUGCUGCCGCUGCGAGAGGGCAGGCGCUGGGCUUGGCUCCGUGCUUGUCGCCGCGAGGAGAAGUCUGGUAGUGACCGUCCGUCUGUCUUGUCUGUCUUGUUUCUCUUUGUGUGCCCCGGAUCGUUCAAUCGCUCCAUCCAUCUUCUUGCAGUUCCUCCCAUCUCCUCCCAUCUUCUUCUUCCUCCUCCCAUCUUCUUUUCUCCUCCACAUACAUACAAACAUAUUCGCCGCACCUGCCGGUGGUUUCUUCUCUCGUCCUUUUUUAAAUCACCACCAUUAUUAUUACUUAUUCAUCUUACUUCUACGACUUCGAACUGGAAAGCCUUCAAUGUGCUUCCUGGAAUAAGAAGACGAAGCAGAAGAACAGUCCGGUUCUCAACCCUCCCGAUCCCCCCCUCUUCUUCCCUACCUGACGAUAGAUAUAUAUCCACGUACUUAAUAUAAUUCGAUGACUUUACGAACCACGACAUUCUCCCUGAGACUCUGAUCAUCCCCGAUCCUCGUCUCUCCAAUUCGCCUCUAGAACCACUCGUUUCUUAAAUCCCGCACAUGAUGGCUGACCGUUCAGUGGAUGCGCUACAGUGCUUCACCUUCAUUUCAGAGAACGUCCCCGUAUGGGUCACUCGAAUUACUGACCUGGCCGUACACACAAAGGCAAAACAUGCUGAGUUUACUGCGGAAUAUGCCAGGCUCGCGGCCUCGGGUGAAGCUGCUACAAAACCUCGACGGAGGAAGAAUAGCUCGGAACACUCCAUUCAACCAGAUGACAUGCACCCCUCGAUAAAAGGCGCUGGCGGCUCCAAUAAAGGUUCCCAGAAGGACUCCAAGAAGGCAGAUGAACACGAGGAGGCCGUCGAAGAAAUCAAUGAGGACUACAUGGACCCUAUCACCCUGCUGAGAAUGUCGAAACACUACCCAAAUGAUUUGAACCAACGGAAGCGGAAUAUAGCAACUUCGAAAUCUGCAGGGACGGAUCGAAUAGUCCGACCCCGCCAGCUCGUUGUCGUCCAUUAUGACUCAGAGACUCAAUUGACCCUAGAGAAAUUGGUGAGAGAUAUUGGAGGUGCUAGGAAUAAUAUUCGAAAAGGCCGGAUGAGCCAGAUGAUGAAGUCCGGGUUCGGUCUGAAGUUCUUGGAUCACGCCAAGCGAAAGUCAACCACAAGAGGACCAGGAGAAGGCGCCCGCAAUCCCCUCGAUACACUCGAUCCACCGUCGAAACUCGGUAAGCCAGUCAUCAAGGAAACUGGGUUUGAUCUCGUUGAUAAACAGUUGGAAUUGGCACAGUCCCUGUGCGAAUCGGCCGCUCAUCAAUUCCUGCGGUGCGGAGAUUGUGUUCUAGAACUGGAGAAGGCAAAGGAACGGUUCGCUACCGUUCUGGAACUGGCAAUGGUGGAGGUUGAACGGUUAGAAAAGGAGGCAGAGGCGGAGAAGGGGCAGGCUGCGAAGGCGACUGCGGAAGCUCUCAUGGUGGGAGAGGGGGAGGAGGAGGAAGUGGAGAGGCUCGCGCCAGCGCCUACGCUGAAUGGAGACGAGAAGCGGGCACCGGAUGGGUUGGUGGCGGCCAUCGAGGUCGACGAUGGCUCGUCGAUAUCUUCUAUCUCCAUCGAUAUUACCGCCUUCAGGUCAAGCCGGUUUCGGGCAUGAUUCAGAUGUUUCCGGGAUGCUCUUGUUCAUACCCAUUAAGCAUAUCAAUUCUCCACCCGCACACACACGCACACACGCACACACACAUAUAUAUACAAAACAUCUACCCACUCCUUCGAAAAAGUCAGCUUCUCCGCUGCAUAUAUCUAUAUUUCAUAAACACGGCUUACAAAACGUCCUCCUGAUCUCCUUGACCAAAUCUACAUAUACAUGACAGGAUACCUUCUCCCCAUCUACCUCCCACACCCCCCAGCAUUCGGGGCGGGAGGUAUUCUACUCAUCCCCAUCAACGACGGAAACGAUUUAGUGAAAGGAAAAUCAAGAAAUAAGUUUUCACCACAUAACCGGUCCCUCCGCUAUAUACAUUACAUCAUAUCCAUUUCCAUAUUAUAUCUUACUACAUAUAGUUCCACUCCUUGACAUUUCCAUCCACACCCCCAUUUACAUAUCCCUACUCCACCAGACCCAACCCUCCCAAAGAUUCGCAGAGGUACUUACUUUCGUUAUUGAAACAUGGCGCUACUCUACUCCGCACUCGUUGUCACGUCCUUUUUGUCCUUUUUGUCAUGUUGUUUUUCUUGAUUUUCGUCUUUUAUUUUGUGUGUGUCCGUCUGUGUGCGUGUGUCUAAUGAGGGUUUUUUUAUUCUCUUUUCGACGGAUAAGGUGGGAGAGAGGAAGGGGUGAGAAAGCUAUACUCAUCCUUCCUUUCCCUAAUCCUUUCGCAGUCCGUCGCCCGAUGAUGAUAGCGUUUUUCCUUUAUAUAUAUAUAUAUUUGCUCGUUCUAUCCCACUUGUGUUUUUUUUCGUUUUUAGUCCUGAUACCUGACUUAUGCUAUCUUAUUGAUCUAUCGAUCUAUCAAUCUAGCAUGGCGUUUUUUUAUUUUUAUUUUUUUUCUGAAUAUUUCCAAAUGUCCAAAUUCCGUUGCUUUUUGUUACCUUGCGAGAUCGUUUGGCGUGGGCAUAUCUUUUAGUCAUUUAUUUAUUUGUUUGGUCAAUGAUCGAAUCUCUUUGCUGAAAUUUGUUUUGGUUCUUCCCUCUACAGGGGAAAGAUUGAUGACCCGUUCCUAUUCUUCUUGUUUCAUGCCCAUAUCAUCAUAUCAUAUUAUAUCCGUAAUUCUUUUUUCUCUUUUCUUUUCUUUUUUUUUUUCCCCUCUUUUUUCUUUUCCCGUUUUGAAAUUCUGAAAUACUGCGAUACUGACAUCUGUUUGGUUUGAAACAAACAGAGGAGGGGGGGAAGAAAAUGACAAAGAAGAAAUACAGAGAUAUACAUUACUCACUACCCUCACUCCUAUACUCACUCCCUUGGGGCUUAUAUAUAUAUAUACAUCUACAUAACUUGCACAAACCGAAACCAUAUAUUACCGAUUAUGACAUUAACUACCAUGGCAGAUUUAAUGUGAUGGAAUGAGUGGGUAAAGCAAAGUGAGAGAGAUUUGCCCUCUUUACCUAUUUGAGAGAGUGCUGCUAUGUUUAUGAUUUUGAUGAUGUUGAUGUUGAUUUUGAUUUUUUUGAUUUUUGAUUUUUUUAAAUGGCUUUUGCUUUUCUUGCUUCAUUGCUUCGUCGUCUAUCAUUUCUUGGUGAAAGCAUUUCAAGCGUUUCUUUUUUUUCUUUUUUUCUCUUUUCUUUUUUUUCUUUUUCCUUUUAUUUUCCUCCCCAGUUAAUGUUUUGUUGGUUAAAAAAUCCUCCCCUAUUUAACAGAAUAUAACAUCACAUAUCAUACCUAUCUCAUAGCGCAGAGACAGAGAAAGCGAAACAGACAACACGCACGAGCAUCGAUCCAUUAUUAUUAAAUAAAUAAUGAUUUGGAAUCAAAACCGCCUGUUUUUAACCCUCGAGUAGGC